AUGGAGUCGCCAAGAUUUCUGGUCGGCGACUCAUGUGCGGCCGCCAUCGCCGAAGAAGGGCUCCCCUCUCAAGCCUACGAAGCCUACGAAGCCCGCUACGACAACUGUGCUGGAGUGCGUCCUUGCAGCGACUGGUGCACGGCUGACCAGUAUCACGCGAACUGCCCAAACGCGCCCGGAAGGGCUGGAGUGCACCAGCAACAGCACCCGCAGCGCAAUGCCGAGCGCGCGGAGAUGGCGACGUUGACAGCAGAGCCACGCCUACCUCAGAGCGGAGGUCAGUUCCAGGAGGAGAGCAGUCUUCUUGGGAUCCAUGUUGCACCAGACCUGGAUAUUGGUGUCAAGCAAGACUUAUUUCCUGCCCCAGAAAAUGCCCGCGACGGGGAAAGAGCUACAACGAGCAGCGGUGUAGCUGCUCCAGAAACAAAUGCCUUGCCACGCACAAACUCACCAGAAGAAGCGGCCGUUUCCCAUGAUGCGGAAACAAUCGCAGCGACUACGGCGAAUCAAACAAGCCUCUCGUCAAUAUCAUCCUUACCGGAUGCCGCACCCAGCUUGCCGGCCGGCGACACGGCUGUCACUCCCCAAGAUCUCUCAGUCUCUGUGAUUGCGCCUCUCACGCUCGCACACCACACCGUAGAUACGCUCUGUCUGCCUGCCGAUCCCAACUCCCAGACCGACGUAUUUCAAAAUGGUCUGCAGAACGGGAUAGGACUGGAGACCGCAGUCGCCUCAAGGCUGGCAGGAGCAUUCCCAUACACCGCCACGGACGACCAACACAUCUCGUCAACCGUUCCGGACCUUACGAACCUGUGUCAACCCUCUCUCGAUACCCUGGCAUACCAGACAGAAGCGGAUUUCUACCAGGCCUCUGUGCCCGAGCUGCAAACCAACACAGAGCCAAUGAAGGGCUUCGCGAGGCUCGACUUUGACGAUGGACAGUUCUAUAUGACAACCUAUUCAAUAGAGCUCGGUCGAGAUGUUCGAGCAGAAAGGCUGGUUCGCCAGCGGGCUACGGGAUCAUGGUCUGAAGGGAAGGCAAAGCACAAGAGAAAGUCGAGCUCGGGCGAUGUCCCGCAGACGCCAGUGCAACUAAAGAGCGACGUCUAUGAAAAUGCUUGCCGUAGCCAGGUCAGCGAAAGCGGAGGUAUCGUUGGCGCAGAUGACGAUAGUUUCAAGCCUAUGCGCCGGAAGAAGAGCAAGAAAUCCAAGUCCACCAGCUCGUCAUCACAAUGUCUAUCGCGAAAAGAUUCGACAUACACCAAAGAGGAGCCGGAGUUCAUGACCGUUUCGAUGGCUAAUAUCAUGGACGGUGGCGAAGCUUCACCUCCUGACGUAGCCGCGCUGCUUCCUGAUCCCACAGAGUGCCCGCUGAUACCCAUACAUCCGCCCAACAUGCAGUUUGAUUCGCGCACCCACUUCAAGGCAAUCUCCAGGCGGCAUGCCCGGAUCAGCUACAACUUCACCACUCACUGCUGGGAGAUGAUGGUCUUGGGCAGGAAUGGAGCGUUCCACGACGAUGAGCUUUAUGGGCCCGAAGAAGUCGCCAAACUGCACGAUGGCAGCAGCAUUCAGAUUGCUGGGGUUUGCUUCACUUUCCGUCUCCCAAAUACCACGUUGAGUGAUGCAGAAGACCGCGAGGAAGGCGAAAGCGCUAGCGGUCGGAUGAGUUUCGCUUUUGAAAAUGAGAGAGGAGAGAGCAUCGUAAUGGAAGAGGACAGCGAGUCGGAGAGCCCAUCGCCCCUGAUCGCGCACAAUCACUAUUGGGAUGAUCCGAUGGCCGAGCUCGACGAGGACCCAGAUGGCGACUCAGAGGAUCCCGAAGAGGACGACGAGGAGCAGGAUGAGCCUGCCGAAGAGCAGCGGCCAGUCAAGGUCAAGCUGAAGCUACGAAUGACGAAACCGGCCAAAAAGCCCGAGCCGAAAUCGAAGAAAGAUGCCAGGAAAUUAAAGACACAGGUCAAGGCCCCUGCGAAACCACCAUCGAAGUCCCAGCCGAAAGCCGCCACAAAAGAAAUUUCGAAGGGUCCAGCUAAGCAGCCGAAAGAAGCAACGAAGGCCCCAGCUAAGAAGAAGCCAAAGGAGGUGGCAGUUGAGUCUGUCGAAGAGCCCGAGGACGCCAAGGACCAAGCGAAGGCUACCGAUGAGAUCAAGGGUGAGGCCGAUGAGGACGCCAACGACAAAUCGCCAGUACAAUCUACCGAGCUCGUCAAGGGCGGAAGAGAACUCACUCCUGAAGAGGCUGCAAAACUGGGGCUUCCCGUUGGGACAAUAAUACCACCGAAGCGCAAAGGUCCCGGGAGACCGCCAAAGGAUGGCAUCAUGUCGAAGCGCGAGAAGGCAUUGCUGGCAAGGCAAGCGAAAGAGGCGGAAAAGGCCAGGAAGCUGGGCAUCGAUCCAGCGACAUUGCCCCAGCCAGUAGCCAAGCCUAAAGUCAGCAAACCUCGCAAAGAGUCCGAUGGUGAGACGAACGGUCAGAAGCGGAAAGAAGGCACGGAGGGUGUUGAUGGUCAAGCAGAGGAUGGCGAAGACGGAAGCCCUUCGGACGAGAAGAAGGCUGCGAAGGCCGCGAAGCCAGCACGUUCGCCUUCGCCAGAGAUGAAACUGGAAGACUAUAGCGAGGAGCAGUUGCAGCGGCCCAACGCAAACUAUGUCGUCCUAAUCCACGAAGCUAUUAGCAACUCGAAGAACGGUGCAAUGAACCUGCAGCAAAUCUACAGCGCUAUCGAACACAAGUACCCGUACUAUCGCUUCAAAACCAGCACCAAUGGAUGGCAAAGUAGCGUUCGACACAACCUCGGCCAGAACCCCGCAUUCAAGAGGGUUGAGAAGGAGGGCAAAGGCUUUUUGUGGGGGGUCGAUCCAACGGUCUCGAUCGAAAAGGAGAGGAAGAAAAGGGCGACGCCUCCACCACCUCCACCCCGGCCACAGUAUCCGCAACAAAUGUCGUAUCCCGCAGGCCAGUACCAGGUGAUGCCGCCUGGCGCUCACCCUGGAAUGCCCGCUUACGGCCCUUACGGCAACCAACACGGUCAACCGCCGCGGCCACCGCCUCCAACACAUGGACAACCUCAUGGUCUUGCCGCACCACCCAAGACAUCAUCUUAUGCUUCGCCCUACGCCUCGGCUCCUCUACCAUCAACCUCACAGCCUCCGCCGCCUCCCCACUCGCAAGUGCGUGCACCCAACGGCGCAUAUCCACCCUACGGCCCGCCACGGAAUCCAAGCUACCCGUCGCAACCGCCUCCUGCGCCGUCCGGUCAACAACCCCAGUAUCCACCCCGCCCUUCUCACACCCCACCUGGCGUCCCUCCGCCUCCGACGCAAUCAACCUACACGCUCGAGAACCUCAACACAACCCUCACGUCCUUCAAGGAAGCCUUCCUGAAGAGCGCCGGCCCGAAGCAGCUUGCGCACAACGAACGCCUCGUCGACACCGUCAUCAAGCGCAUCCUGCAUCCACGGGACUUCCAGAGCCCGCCCAUCGGCGAAGAAAAACAGGUCCUCGAUGUGCUGAAUGGCCUUAUCGCUUCUCAGCACAGAGCUGCCGCCACCAAUGCGCCUAGUGCGGCUCAGCCGCAGCCGCCUAUCCCGCAGGCUUCGCAAUCUUCGCAACCUUCGCAAUCCGGUGUGCUACUGCUGCAGAUGCCCCAGCCGCAAAUGCCACCUACACCGCCUGAACAAGCCCCUGCACAACCGGCGGCCGUCCAAGCGCAGACGUCUGCCGCACCCCAGGCCGAAGCCUCGCAGCAGCGCGCAGCCGAGGCCGCCCAGUCCGUCGUGACGGAUGCGGCACCGUCCGAACCUGCCGUUGUGGCUGCUCCCGCGACCGCUCCGUCCACAGCCAUAGAAGCCGUAGCCGUGGCGGCAACAUUGGCGGAGCCAUCGGCGGAGUCAGCGAAUUUGACGGGACGGAACGGCUCAGCGACGCCGGUUGCGGGUGCGAAGCGGGGUUUGGAGGAGACGGCGUCGGCGCUGGAGGGGUCGGAGGCGAAGAAGGUGAAGGUUGGGGAGGACUAG